UUCCAUUUCAUGGGACUUUUGGAGACAGACAGGCCAGUCUUAGACCAGAGAUCAUUCAGCCGCUUGACGUAUCGUACACCAAGUACCGACCAACGCGCCCUCCACAUCGCAUUCCUUGCCUAGACAUCUUGGUUUACCCUCAUACUUUCUUUUCCUUCGUGCGGCAUAGCGGCUUAUUGUAGCCUCUUGCUCCCUAUUUCACAUCUGCCUUCUUCAUGCUCUCCUAGUACACAAUGAAUGGUUCCGCCCCCUCCGCAGGCGGACCUCCGAGCCAUCCUGGCGGUGGUGCUCCAGUGUUGAAGCGCAAGAAACCUCUUUCCGACCCUUUCUUCAAAGGCCCCAGAAGGAAUCCAGCAGCACGACCUCAACUGAACGGACAUGCAACACCCGCUGCAAAUGGACAUCUGCCUCUAAAAGCACCGGCGUUACAAGCCUCGACACCGAACAGUCAACGAGCAUCUUCCCCUGCCAAACCGGCAAUUCCAGAUAAUGAACGUGUUAGCGGCUUCAGCGAUCCACGAGUCACCGCCGAAGGAAUCCCCUACAAGGACUACAAGCUUGUCACCACAAAGAGAGAUCUUCUGCAUGGCCUGAGAUACCAUAUUCUACAAUUAGCAGGAGACAAGGUGGUUGACAUUCGUAAUGAAGCCGAGUUCUCAAAGCCUGCGCGCCUCCAUCGACGCGACCCUAGGGCACCUCCGCCCGGGCAACAUCAGCACAAAGAAGAGGAAGGGGAUUUCCCAGACCUCAAAGAUGGCCUCAAUGCCGCAGAACGAGAAGAGCUGGGUCGAAGGAAGGAGAUACGGCAAAGGGAGCGAGAAGCAAAUCUUGCACAGAUCGCACCCUCACAAAACGCAGCCCGAAAGAUGAAUGCUUUCAAGAAGAAGACUCAACAAGUAUUCAGGCCCGACCUGUCUGCGGAGGAUAAACGUCGAAUACAAACAAAUUACGAAGAGAAGCUUCCCUGGCAUCUGGAGGACUUUGACAACAAGCACUGCCUCAUCGGUCAUCAUCAGAUUGGGUCUAUGAGUUCUAAUGCUGCUCUUGUAUUUGAGCCUGCCGUCGACGCGUCUACAGGGAAAUUUCGACUGAUCCCUAUUGAAAAGGCAUACCAGUUCAAACCCAAACGAGAACUUGCGCAGCAGAUGACUAUCGAAGAGGUCGAGGCCGCGAUGAAAAAGCGAGGUUCUGACCCAGAGUGGUUGAUUCGUCAGAGAGAAGCACGGGUAGCCGAAGCUUCGAAAGAGCUCGUGGCAAAACGAGCCAAAGGUAUCUUUACAGGGGCUCAAACGCAGAACGUUGCUGGCAGAACAGGUGAAGAUGCAGAUCUGGACUUUGAAGAUGACUUCGCCGACGACGAGGAGGGGGAUUUGUUUGUCGACAAAGACGAGGAUGAGAAAAUCGCCGAGAAGCGUAUCAAAGAAGACCAGCUGCAAGCUAACUUCCUCGACUUUAAGGAUCUUAAGGAGUAUGACGAGGCCGAAGAGCGAGAAAAGAAAGAGGCAGAAGCCAGAAAAAGAAACUUCCGAGAACUCAGAAAGGCACUGGAGAAAAGAGAGCGAAACUACAAUCAUGGUAGUGACUCUGAAUAUGAAUCUUCGACCGAGGACGAAGAAGAACGCGAGCGCAUUGAACGCGAACGUCAAGAAAACCUCAAAAAGGAUGAGGAAGAGAAGAAGUCGGCUCUGCCUUCAUCUGGCAACAACACACCAUCAGGCCGCAAAGAGAAGAAAGCGGGCACAGGCAGCGAUCGUGAACGGUUAGCUUCCCGUUCUUUGAAACGACCUGGCUCGCCAAAUCUGUCCGAAGGAUCAGGCACAGAUGCCUCUGCAAGACGAAAGAAGCUGAAAUCAAAGCAUAUGUCCUCGACUCAGCCCACGCCAGGCCCGUCACGACCAAUGUCUCCGGCAAACGUACUUCCAAGCUCGUCCGCGCCCGGGUUACUCGACCCCAAAAUCCGCAAGCGCACUGGCGGUGCUGGCUCAGACACCGAUGCUGGUAUGAGUGACCGCGACGGCGCAGCCAUGUCGGAUGGCAGCCGUACUGCGAGACGGUUGAAACUGAAAAUGUCCGCGUCUCCACCGGGCACGAAUCCUCCCUCACGCGCGGCUUCGCCUGCACCUGGUGCAUCACGCGGUGCUCCUAGUCCUGGUGCCAGCAACCCGAUCGCGUUCCCGUCAGUACAGGAUAUCAAAAACGCGGUGCCUACGCAAGGCAUUGCCAUCAAGGAUCUCAUGAAGAUUGUGGCGCAUCCUAGAGAGCGGAGAGCGGAGUUUGUCAACCUAGUCAAGGAGGUGGCGAGGAUGGACAAGGAGAGAGGUGUGCUCGUGCUGAAAUAGGCCCACAGUAUGCACCACGCUGAGCCUUGUCUUGUUCUUCGACAGCCAGAGAUGGUGAGCUGAAGAUCAGCCCAGUGAGCUCGCGACGCACCACGCUGUGUUAUAAAGAUUAGACAGUGUUGGGCGUUGAAGCUGUGGCAACUCACUGGGCUCUUUUGAGUAAGGAGUUCUGAAUUCUGGCGAGCAGUCGCAACCAUUCACAGACACAGAAGGUAGUAUCACGAUACAUUAUACUUGCCACUCGGCAGGUCGUCUUCUUCAUCAUAGCACAUUAGUGACGAUUGGAAAUUCGUAC